AUGUGGGGUUUAUAUGCACUAGUUGUGCAUUUGCUGCUGCUGGGCUCCAUAUUCGUAAUAUACUUUCGCUCUCCGGUUAUUGAGGGUCUUCGGCCACAGGUUCCGUUGAAGGCGGCCGGCUUGGAGGCGCCCGCAAAUCGUUUAGUUUUGAUUGUCACCGAUGGACUGCGUGCUGAUUCAUUUUUCGAGCAUAACUGCAACCAUGUGGCGGACCUUCGCGAAAUAUUCAUACGGGAAGGCUUGGUGGGCAUAUCGCGGACACGGGUGCCGACCGAAUCUAGACCAGGACAUAUAGCCUUAAUUGCCGGACUUUAUGAGGAUCCGUCGGCAGUGACGCGCGGCUGGAAAGAGAAUCCAAUUGAGUUCGAUACGGUGUUCAACCGUAGUGGCCAUACCUAUGCUUGGGGUGCGCAGGAUAUUCUGCAUAUUUUUGAGAAACUCGCUGAUGGCGGACGACCGAUGCUGUUUGAUGCCUACAACCACGACUUGGACUUCUCUGGCCAGCAUAAAACGUAUAAGCUUGACGACUGGGUGUUUAAGAGAGUGCAUCUACUGUUGCAAAGGAAACAAAAGGAACUGCGAGCCGCUAAGGAAGUGGUGUUUUUUAUGCAUCUGUUGGGCUUGGAUACAGCCGGUCAUGUGCACAAGCCCGGAACGCCGCUUUUCUUGGAGAACCUCAAUUUUACGCAACAUGGUAUAUGGGAGAUGUAUCAGUACUUUGAGAAGGUUUUCCCAGAUAAACGUACAGCAUAUUUAUUAACCUCGGACCAUGGCAUGACUGACUCGGGGUCUCAUGGUGCAGGUGCACCUCAUGAAACAGACACGCCAUUCGUUCUUUGGGGUGCUGGUAUAACUCACAACGGACCUCCAGCAGAUCGUACUUUUGUGGCCAAUGAUAAGGGCACACGUCUACCUCUACAUGAGCUCGAACAAGCGCAGCUUACUCCAUUGAUGUCAGCUCUAAUUGGCCUGCCGCCACCCAUGAACAACUUUGGCGUAUUGCCCUUAGGAUACAUAAAUGCCAGUGCCAACUACGAGGCACAUGCUGCGCACAGUAACGCACUUCAGCUGCUGGAACAGUUCCGUAAGUUAGCGCAGGAUCACAAGCGUGGUCUGUUUGCGAAAUAUAUGAAUGGCUUCAAGGCACUGGGCCAUUUGGAAAUUGAGAUCUAUGAGCGUCAAGCUAAAGAACUGUUGGAGAGAGGCAAAUACCAGGAAUCGCUGACAAGCAGCGGCAUGGUAAUGAAAUUGGCGUUGGAUGGUAUUGAUUAUUACCACGGCUAUUAUCGUAACGCACUGCUCUUCAGUACUACGGCCACAUUUGUGGGUUGGAUACUAUAUCUCUAUCAACUUCUGGCGGUGGAUAAAACGCUGUACUCCAGCGCACCAGCAAAAGAUGAUGCUUCAGCGGACACUGCCAUGCUAACAAUAGGAAUUGCGGUUGCUAUACUUAUUAUCUUUAUAUUGCUGCAGGGCGUUUCAUUGUCCAUUGGACUUUAUUUAUUGCUGCCGCUGUUCAUUUGGCUGUUGCCCAUCAGACAACGCGUACAUAAUAUUAAUGCCCACAAAACUGUACGAUUUGCAUCGAAGACGCAAUUGUUGGUGCUUAUUGCGUGCGCCGAACUGCUGGUAUUUACAUUUUUCGAGCGUCGAUUGAUCUCAUUGUGUUUCGUUGCCUUUGCUUGCUACAGCAAUUGGGGCAAGUUUAAGACGAACACUCUGCAAUAUUACGUUUGGCUGUUGCUCAUCAUAUGCCUGAGCGGCUUCCCGCUGCUGCCACCAUCUGUGGGCUAUCAGAAUAUGUAUUUAAUGAUCGCUGGCAUAUUAAUUAUCCUGCUGCGCGCCUUUGUACUCUGCAGACAUCGGUAUAGCUGGCACACUAAAUUUUGUAAUAUCUCAAUACUAUUGAUCACAGCUGCCUGUGUGUUUUUGCACACAAAUCAAAUGGGUGUGCCGCUUCCACUACAGCUUGCCGCAUGGCUAUAUCUGAUCUAUGCGUUUGUCUCGAUUCUACUUAGCAAGGACACAUCGCUGGAAUCGCGUCUCGCGCAUAUUUUCUUCAAUCUGGGCACACUCUACACACUGCUAUGCACAUCAUACGAGUCGCUCUUCGUUCAUUUGUUGGCCAUUGAACUGAUGCUGUCUUUGGCGACUCAAGAAGCUCAGGAGGAGGCUGCGCCACAGCGAAAACAGCUUCAAACAUCCUUUCGGCUGGCCUUUACAAUUCUACUAUACACAUUUUUCUCGCUUUUCGGAAGCGGCAAUAUUGCGUCCAUUAGCUCAUUCGAUCCGAACAUUGCGCGUUGCUUCCUCAGCCAUUUUGCACCAUUCGUCAUUAUGGGAUUGGUGCUGCUGAAGCUCAUCCUACCGGUGGUGCUGAAUAUGUCCAUUAUAUACACAUAUUGCGACUAUGUGCGUCAGCAUGAACGCCAGUUUUUCAUCUGUCUGCUGCUCAUCUGUGAUAUAAUGGGCCUAAACUUUUUAUUCAUGGUGCGUAAUAGUGGCUCCUGGCUGGAGAUUGGAUCUUCUAUAUCGCAUUUUGUUAUCAUGGAGAUUACGACGUUGGUGCUGCUGCUGCUAGCCUAUUUGGCCAAGCUGCUGCUCAAACUAACAACCAUAAAGAAAAUAAAGAGUAAAGCUUAGUUUUACACAUUACU